GUGUGAAAUCGGGGUCAGAUCCAACUCGUCCAAUGUCUCGUCUACAUGCCUGGCAAAUGGGUGCAUCUGGAGCUAUCAGUAGAGAUGUGAUGGACUGGCUAUGGAGAUGCUCUCACUUCCUGACUCUCUCUCUACUGCUCAUCCUCCAACUUACAACUCCGGGCAAUUCUAUGUGUAGUCCAACUGACAGGAGAUGGUCACAGUACUUGGUUAGCCCACUCCCCAGUGACUUUGGGGGACAGAGCACACAGGGUCAGUGUCAAUCGUCUACUGGCGCUUGUUUUGGACCAUUUUUUGGACUAGGAAGUGAUAGACUAGGUGAUGAAGUCUUGGGCCCACAAACUCUUGAUGAUAGUAACUUUGUUGGCCAUGCUUGGGAUCGGAAUAUCAGUAUCACAUUCACUCUUGUUCCUACGGACACUGCAUACGUGGAGGGACUCAAUCUCUACUUCUACAACAUUCCCUCACGAAGAAUUGGACUAUCUUACAAUAUCAGAAUAACCUCACCAUCUAGAUCUGGUGACCAUCCAUAUCAACUAGAGGGUAAUGAUAACUUGACCCUGGACGAUAAUGGACGACGAAGUGUCACCCUUAUCCCAGAAUCACUCUCUUUGACUCCUACCAGUAAUACCUUCACAAUUAUAUUCGAAUUCUCAGACACUGAACAGAUCGACUGGCUUCUCUUGACUGAGGUGGAGAUCUGCACAUCAGAGUCAGUUGUACUCCUCCCCAACCCUCCUCCCAUCACCUUCACCACGGACACUGUGGGGACCAUCUCCCCACCCACCAUCAACUCCUCAUUCAGCCUGACCUGCUCUGUCACUGAGGGACGGUUUGACUGGACCUGGACUCGGCUUACUGGUGACACCCUAGGCCUCCCUCCAGCACGAGUGCUCAAUGCUGGGAGGACUAGUGUUCUGGAGCUAUCACAACUCAGCAGUAAUGAUGCCGAUACCUACAGAUGUCUGGCCACUCACACAUUCGGAACAUUUGGAAUACCGGUGUCAAAUAGUGUUGAUAUCACCCUCUCACUGCCAGGUACUCUACAAGCUGAGAAUGGAAUGAUUCAAGUUACAGCCAGUGAUGAUAGUGCAGUGUUGAGGUGCUUUCUCUCUGGCUACUUUCCUUUAAUGGCUAUUCCUUCGAUCACUUGGCGACUAUCUAACAAUGACUUAUCCAAUGACUCUGUGUUCGAGCAAGGAGAUAUGUUUAUUCAGAAUGGAGGGACACAAUCUAUACCAAGUGUGACCAGCACACUGACUGUGAAUCUGACAAGAGAUCCACUUACGACUAGCACACGAGUUUACAAUUGUAUAUCGAGCAGCCAGAUGAUCAACCCCCUCGUCCAAACAAUUGUCUUGACCACUGAUGUUGUUGUCAGUCCCAUCGAUCCUGGUGUCACUACUACCCCAUCUCCCAACACUCCUCCCACUCCUGAUGCUGUAGAACCCCUCGGGUUGAUUAUCGGAGCCAUUCUUGGAGUGAUUAUAGUUCUUAUGAUUAUAUUUGUUAUCACGCUGAUCAUCGUCAUAAUUGUCAUCAAAAGAACAAAGAAAACUUUGAUAGUUACAGAACACAAAGGCAACUCUGAAAUAACUGUCAAUAGCAAUGAAGCUUAUGGAUUCAAACCAAGCACAUUCAGUAUGACACAGAACACCCUCUAUGGCCCAGGCACUACUGAAAAAGGUGUGUAUGAAGAGCCUGAUCAAGUGCAACAUGACUAUGAAGAGUUGGACUCAUUUGCUGUUACCUCUGUCUCAGUAUGAAUAGCAAAUUAUGACGAUUGAAGAACAUUAUUGUUUGACUGUAUAUAUAGGUAGACACAGCUUGUGUGCUUUAAAAUGUUGUGCGCAUUUUC